GCUGCAGCUGCCCCGGUGAGGGAGGGGCGGGCUCACCGUGCAAACCUGACGGCCAGACUCCUCCCUCCCUCCCCGCUCUCCUCAGAUAAUGUUGUGGGCACCUUGCAUUGGCACGGGGUUUUUUUUUUGUGUGUGCCACACACAAGAGGAAAAAACACACAAAGUUUAGCACUGCAUUUGGGAUUAGCACGAUGGCUGACAGCUGAAACCUGCCGACUGACAAGACAAAGUUUACAGGUAACAUGAUGGAGGUGGCAGGUCCCUGGACAGAAGUAUUCGAGGGCUCGGAGAGGAAGGAGAAGGCAGGAACAGCAGAGACGUCGUUGGGGAGCUCCACUCUGACUCUGGCUCCUCUGGUAGCCGAUUCUCCGUCCAUACGCCGGUCCCACCCCAUCCUCAUCACCUCAAACAGGGAGAAAGACGUAGAGUCGUUCUCUUCCUCUGUCCCAUCCAUACCCAACCCCUUUCCAGAGCUGUGCAGCCCCUCGAAGUCUCCAGUGCUCAUUAGUUCACUUCCACCACAGUCAAGUGACAAACAUUUGAUAAAGGUGUAUGGAGAGGACAGCCACAGCAGGUCGGUGUGGGUUUCUCCAGGAGCUACAGCCAGAGAGGUGUGUCACAUGUUGGUCCAGACGGCUCACUGCAGCGAUCAGGAAAACUGGGCUCUCCUUGAGCUCCAUCCCACCCUGGGCCUGGAGAGAUGUCUGGAGGACCACGAGGUUGUGCUGGAGGUUCAGGCGACCUGGUCUCUUAAAGGUGACACGAGGCUCAUUUUCUGCAAAAACUACGCCAAGUACGAGUUCUUCAGGAAACCAAUGCUCUUCUUCCCAGAGUGCAUGAUCUCCGACAGCGCUGAUGUCAGCAAGGGGAUGACAUCAUCAGAGCUCAUUCAGAACCUGCUGAAGUCCGGGACCUGUCCAGAGAUCCAGGGUUUCCUGCAGGUAAAAGAACCCAGUCGUAAGGCCUGGAAGAAGGUCUACUUUUUCCUCCGUCGCUCUGGACUCUACUGCUCCACCAAAGGCUCCUCCAAGGAGCCUCGGCACCUGCAGUAUGUGGCUGAUCUGGAAGAUUUGAACGUGUACACUGUGGUGAACAGCCGUAAACUGUACGGCGCACCUGCAGACUUCACCUUCUGUUUCAAGCCUUCCAGAAAUCCCGUCCGUGCUCAGGACCUGAAGAUCCUGUGUGCUGAGAACGAACAGACACGAACGUGUUGGACCUCCGCUUUCAGAUUGUUCAAGUAUGGGAAGCAGCUUCAGUGUAACUACCAAUUAUCCAAGUCGGCACCACGAAACCUGGAAGGAACCAAACUCACAGAUGGCAAAUCAAAGUCGGAGGCGAGCCUGGUGGCCAUGGACUUCUCAGGGAAGGCCGGCGGACGGGUCAUCCAGAACCCAACGGAGGCCCAGAGGGCAGAGCGGGAGGAGGGACAAGCCUGGAGGAGGAGAGAAGCCCUGAGGUGCAGUCUGCCCAACUUGAACUCUGGCGCGAGACCUUCCUCCAUCCACAAGUCCCAGCCGUGGUUUCAUGGUGGUGUGUCCAGAAAGGAAGCACAGAGGCUGAUAGAAAAGCAGGGCCUGGUCGACGGGAUGUUCCUCAUUCGUGAGAGCCAGCAGCAUGCCCAGUGCUUUGUCCUCUCGCUGUGUUACAAGCUGAAGACCAAACAUUACCUGGUAAUCCCUUGCGAAGAGGGAGGCAGGAAGUACUUUACCAUGGACGACGGCCUGACUCUCUUCAUCGACCUCUUGCAGCUGGUGGAGUUCCACCAAAUCAACAAGGGCAUCCUUCCUGUCUGCCUCAAACACCCCUGCGUCUGUGUAGCACUCUGAAUCCUUUACACUUAGCCUGUGUGACCUCUGCCCUGUUGGUCCACGAUCCUUUUUAACGUAGCCCGUCUUCUUGGCCCAGGAUCAGUCAUCCAGACCUUUUAAUUCAAGUCUAAAGUGUGGACCCCAGUCUUAGUCAUCACAUUGUAUUGAUAUCUACGAAGCACAGUUGAUAAAGAGCGAUUACACGACUUGAUUCUGCCAGAGCAGUGCAAAGGUGUGUAGUCUGUGUGAUAAUGUUAUCAGGAUUGUAAGACGUGGUGGACCCGUGGGAAGUGUGAGCCAGACUUGAAGCAUAUUGUCCGCCCCUCCUCUCUUUAGUAUUUUUAAUUAUUUCGACUACAUGUGCAGCUCCAGACAGUGGUUGGUUUUUUAUUUUUAAUUAACGAGCUGCCGUCCCCGUGGCGAUGGCUUAAUUAGCCAUGUUGGACAGACUUUUAGCGCUUUUGAGGAAAGAGCACUGUUAAUGUGCACUUUGAUUCGCAUCCAUACAGCCAUGACGAGAGGCGGAGGAUGUGCACUGUGAUGAGGGCAGCAGGAGGUCAUGUUUGAUUGUGGCUUCACCAGAUUUCACUGACGAACUGAUCGAUUGUGGCCACCAGAGGGCGCUCUGAGUCAAAGCUCAAAGGAGGAAUUCAGUGGUUUUUCAGCUGUGUAAUGUAAGAAAUGAACACAUGCAUUUUGAUAUUGAUAUUGAAGACAAUUGUGAUAUUAUAAUCAUGAAAAUACCCCAGGUUGCAAUCAUGUAGCAUGUAAAUUCUCACACUUCUGACAGUUUGAUGUUUUGUACAUUAACUUCUUAUUUGUGCCUUAAAAACAAUGUUAAUUAGAACAAACUUUAAAUGCUUUAACCGUAAGAACUCUUUCAUCGCUAUAUUUGCACAGUGACAGUGAAGGAACUGCAUUGUCUUGUGAUGUUUAAACAACCAAAUAUCUAAAACUUGCUGUAGGUGUUGAGUGUGAGAAUUAAUUCUUGACAGAAAAAAAUGUUUUUAUCACGACACUGAGCAAACUGCCGAGGAAGCCCUUGAGAUGUGGUUAAAGCUCUGGAAAAAGCGGACCUGAAGUUAAGACUUUAUUUUACAGGUCAGUAAUUUCUGAAAGAUUUCCUAAUAAUUUCCUCUGAAGUGAUUUCUGGUGAUUUCAAACUAAUUACAGGCAAAAUAGAGACUUUUAGUCAGAGAACAGUAGGUCAGCUGAAGUCUAUAUAGACAAACAUACAACUCAACAUUUAGAAUAAAGUCUGCAAUUAUAAAUGAAUAAACAUUUACUUGGGUUUAGAUGGGGCGGUUCUUUCAGGAAUAUUCCUAUUUUUCCUUUAAUUAAUACCAAAUUACAUAGUUAUUUCCAGGUAAAGUUAUUGGGAAAUCACACACCUGUAAAAUAAAGCGUUUCUGACCUUUUUGUUAUUGGUGGUUGUGUAAACACAUUUUCUUUUACUUUGAAUAUUUGCACUUACUGUUUGCAUUUUAUCACGAAGAUCCGUUGCUAAAAUGUCGGCAUAUAUACAAACAGUCUCAUUCGUUAAGUCCGAAGUUUACCCACAUUGUUUUAAAAUCAAAUAGGGUUUGUUAGUUUUAUAUAAUUUGAAAGUUUUGUGCCCUUUUCAGACCUGUUUUUAAAUAUGUUGAAUAAAUAAUUUCAUAUUAAA